UCAUCUGACCUUUUCCAAUCCCCUCCCUCGCUCUCUCUCUCUCUACCCUGAUGACUAGCGAAUUGCGAUUAGGCAAUAAUCCCACCCCAACAAGCAAAAGUUAUCAACUUCAACAAGUUUUUUACAAUCUAUAAACACAAGUUUUGGAACGCUCUCUUCCUCUGAUCACCUUCCCAUUUCUUCACCCAUCACCUCUCUCUCUCUCUCUCUCUCUGUGUCGACUUUUAAAAGGUAGUACUCAACAAAUUUGAAUCAAAUCACAACACAGCCCCACCAAAAUUAACAACAAAAACAAUGGCUCCCGAAACAACAACCCAAUUCCCGAUAAAAACAGUGGUAGUCCUGGUCCAAGAAAACCGCUCAUUCGACCACAUGCUUGGGUGGAUGAGAUCCCUCAACCCAGAAAUCAACGGCGUAACCGGAUCCGAAUAUAACCUCCUCUCCACCUCCGACCCGAACUCUACCAAAAUCACAUUCGGUGAACACUCCGUCUACGUCGACCCAGAUCCGGACCACUCCAUCCAAUCCAUCUACGAGCAGGUAUUCGGCCAGCCAUGGAGCUCCGAAUCCGCUUCCGAAAAUCUCGAACCAACAAUGUCCGGCUUCGCCCAGAACGCGGAGAGAUUUCUGAAGGGCAUGUCGACGACGGUGAUGAACGGGUUCGACCCGAACGCCGUGCCCGUUUACAAGGAGCUGGUGGCGGAGUACGCGGUGUGUGACAGGUGGUUUGCGGCGGUGCCGGCGUCGACGCAGCCGAACAGGUUGUUUGUUCAUUCGGCGACUUCGCAUGGGGCCACGAGCAACAACACGAAGCAGUUGAUAGAAGGGUUUCCGCAGAAGACAAUAUUUGAAUCGUUGGAUGAAAGUGGGCAUAGCUUUGGGAUAUACUAUCAGUACCCUCCUUCCACCCUGUUCUAUAGGAACCUUAGAAAACUGAAGUACAUUAAGAAUUUUCAUCCAUUUGAUAUAGACUUCAAGAAUCAUUGCAAAGAGGGGAAGCUACCAAACUACGUUGUCGUUGAACAAAGGUACUAUGACUUGAAAAUCCUACCCGGUAACGAUGACCACCCUUCGCAUGAUGUGUCUCAGGGCCAGAAAUUCAUCAAGGAAGUUUAUGAAGCGCUGAGAUCAAGUCCCCAGUGGAACGAAAUGUUGUUCAUCAUUAUGUACGACGAGCAUGGCGGAUUUUUCGAUCACGUGCCAACACCUGUCACAGGAGUUCCGAGUCCUGACGGCAUCGUGGGCCCCGAGCCAUAUAACUUCCAAUUCGACCGCCUCGGCGUUAGGGUUCCGGUCAUCAUAAUUUCUCCUUGGAUUGAGCGUGGAACAGUGUUGCACGGGCCAUCGGGACCGUUCCCGACAUCAGAGUUUGAGCAUUCUUCCCUUCCGGCCACUGUUAAAAAGAUUUUCAAUCUGAAAGAGUUCUUGACAAAGCGAGACGCAUGGGCAGGAACUUUUGAAGGUGUUAUCAGCCUAAGUAGCCCAAGAACAGAUUGUCCAGUUACAUUACCAGAACCAAUGAAGCUAAGAGCGGUGGACGCAAAUGAAGAUGCUAAAUUGACUGAGUUCCAAGAAGAACUGGUGCAAAUGGCAGCAACACUAUGUGGAGACCAUAAGAAGGACACUUACCCUCACAAACUAGUUGAGAACAUGACUGUUGGCCAGGCCAUUGAAUAUGUUAACAACGCGUUCAAGGACUUCUUGGAUGAGUGCGAGAAAGCGAGGGAAAGUGGUGCGGAUGGCGACCACAUUUGUGUUCCAGGAGAUCUAGUACCACCUGGGCCAGCAGAUAAAAAAUCAAAGAAAUCAUUUGCUUCCAUGUUCUUGUCUUGUAUUGCUUGUGGUAAUAACUGAUAAACUUCACAAUUCACAUUUGUUUGAAAACACAAGUUAAGCCUGUCGAGUUUGAGUGCCAAAAUUUAUUUGUACGAAUGUGUAAAGAGUUUGAUAUUUAUUUCAUUUAGUGAUAUAUAUGCAUAUAUCAGAUUGUCUUA